GUGCAGACUAAUGGCAAGUAAUAUUCAGAAAAUUCCUGCAAUCCUACACUUGUGUUCAGACUACAUUGUGAUUGACAAGCCGUUUGACUUGCCCAUCAACAGUGAUGACCCCCACAUGGUAACUGUGGAAACAUUGUUGAGUAAAUAUCAUCCACAUCUCAGGGACCCCACAGUCAAACAUGGAUUCAGAUUCCAGCACAGGCUAGAUUUGGCAACCAGUGGAGUGCUGUGUUUGUGUCGCACAAAGAAAUCUGCAAAGAAACUGCAUAAUGAAUUUCAGAGACGAUCUGUAGUAAAACAUUACAUUGCCCUGGUGUAUGGGCAUUUAAAGAGUGAAAACCUGACACUGAACAUCGCUAUCGGUGAGGACUCGUCAGUGGAGGACAUUCACAAGAUGUGUACUUCUGACUCAGAAAGUUGUGUUGGUCCCAGAGAAGCCAUCACUGAAGUAACACUCAUGGAAAGGGGCACUUACAACAAUCAACCUGCCAGUAAAGUUUUACUAAGACCUCACACAGGUCAUGAGUCUGGGGGGAACAACUUCACUGAAUCUGCGCCACGCCCUCCUGUACCAGGGGAGGAAAAUGAAAUAGUGUCGAAUGGUGGCAUGUCUACCCGUUCCAGUGAAUCUAUGAAGAGUCAUGUGUCCACAAAGUCCAACAAAAGCCAAACAUCCAAUAAGAGUACUACAUCCAAUCGGGACUUGACAACACAUUCUCCGGCAGCCACACCAAGGCGAUCGGCAAAAGAGAAAUCAUUGUUCUUAAGUGGUUGUGACACUGAGGAGGCCCCCUUGGGCUUUGAGCCUGAAGGGAGUGACUCAAAUUCUCCUCCAUUUCAUGAAAAUAUGGAAAAUAGUUCAACUCCUCCAUUCAUGAGAUGGGCAGAAAAUCUGACAUAUCUUUUAGAUGAUCGUGAUGGAUUAUCUUUGUUCACUACUUUCUUGGAUCAGGAGGGAUUCGGAAAGAACUACGUUGAAUUUUAUUUUGCGUGUGAGGGCUUGAAGAAAAGUGAACUUGAGAAAGUUCCACAGAUUAUUAAAAUCAUAAAUAGGAAAUAUUUCAAAAGUGAUAAACUACCAUGUGUGUCUGAACAAACAAAGUGUGCUAUUCAAGAAAAAAUUAAGAGGCAGACUGUGGACAGGACAAUUUUCGAUGGUGCCCAAUUAGAAGUCAGAAAUGAAAUGAACUGUCAAAGCUAUCCUUUAUUUAUAAAAAGUGACCUGUAUGUGCAAUAUAUUCAAAAAGGAGGGGGCAGCCCCAAUAGUAACAGUUCUAGUGGCUCCAAUAGUGCUAGGCCUAUGUCCAUGCCGCUGCCCACGUUGCCAGAAGACAAGAUGCUGGCGGAUGUUUCCACAGGCAAUGCAGCAACAGUGUGUGGUCCUCCCUCCAGUAGUAAAAGAACCACUAGUGCUAAAAGAACAUUAGAAUCCUUUACAAGUACAAGUUUUCCUGCCCCUCCUCGGGUUCCCCCUCACCCCUACCAUGUGUCAUACGCCCCCACCUCAGAACAGGAGAGUGAGAUCCAGAGUCUGUCCAGUGAUGCCCUUACUGAGGACACCCUCUCUAUCACAGAUACCUCCAGCAUAGACAAUGAUUCCAAAAGAUGCAAGCGCCAAAGACGGUACAUGCGAAGAGAGCACAUGAACCGAAAUCCAAUAGAAAUGAGCGUCAUUCCUAGGACUGACAGACUUCCCAAAGACCGCAACUUAGCAGAGACAGACCCUCCCAGAUUUGCAGCAUUAAUCAUAGAGAAGUUGGAGAAGAUUUUACAAGACCAUGAACGGAAUCGUCGCAUAGAGGAAUCCCUCAAUAGAGUGAUAUAUGACGAAAAGGACAUUGAGGAGAGUGAUCGAUCUCUACUGUCCACGUCUAUAGCACAGAAAGACCUCUCUUCUACCUCCUUUUUACCUCUAAUGACCUCUGCUGUGAUAGACGAGGACAAUCCAGACUCCAUUUUGGAGGAACACUGUUCUCGAAUCUGGGAGAGCUCUGUGGGUCAGACACCUAGCAGGUCCCCUGGGCGCCAUUCACCUCCCAAUGCAGAUCAUAGGUCACAUGAUCGAUCACUAAGUCGCAGCAAAAAUCAAUCCCAGCCAAACUUGCCUUCACACAAACAAGUGCACAGAAAGCGACCAGAUUACUACUCGUCCUUUGACAGUGGGAUGGGGGAGGACAAACCUGCACUGGAGACGCAUCGUCACAUUCAUCAUCAUCAUCAUCAUCAUCAUCCCUCAUCCAAGUCUCGGGCCUUCCCCGAGUACGACUCGCAAAAGGUGUACACAGCACCUGAAUUUGACCGAGGCCGAACCCCGAGGAAGUCAACAAAAUGUAAACAUUCAGACACAAGCUCUAACAUAGACAGUGGCAUAAGCAUGAUUGAAUCGAUUCCUCCAAUGCCAAAUCCAAAUGAUCCAUCAACAGAAAAGGUGCUUAAUUGGAUGAUGGACAAUGCACGAGAGAACUCAAACUCAGGUUGUGCAGACUCGGACAAAAGCUCAUCCCACAAGCAGCGGUCACGCCCCAGUGCAUCAGCAUCUUCUUCAGCCCCUGCAUACAAAUCUGGGUCAAAGAAACAGAGCUUGGGCACAAGCAGGUCAGGGUCAGUUGACCGAGGAGGAGGAGGGAUGCAGCCUUACCUUGGGACUGGGGGAUUCAUGCCCUCCCAGCCUUUUGCUACAGACCCUUCCAUGCCCCUCCCCACCCCUCCAAAUACCACGGUGCAGUUGGAGGAGGCAAAGAGGAGACUAGAGGAGCGCUCUACUCCUGUCAAAUCUAGAUCAUUUGGCGGUAUCACAACCAAAGAGAACAAAAAAGUGGCCUCAUUGUCUCAGGGUGCCACAAGAACAGCUAUCCCUGGCGCUAAGACCGUACCCUGUGAAUUAGACAUGUCCGGUGACAGUAGCACAUUAGAGAAGAAGAGCAGUAAUAAAAAGUCUGGAUCCUCCAGCGCCAAUACAAGUGGAUCAGCGGAUGAGACCGUGAUUGGUUACUACCUGUGUUCGGAGCCCAUUCCAUACAGAAUCACUGUACAGGGCAGACAUAUCACUCUGGCUAUGUUCAAACAGCUGAUCGGCCGCAGAGGAAAUUUCAAGUAUUUCUUCAAGAAGAGGAGUAACGAGUUUGAGAGCGAGGUUGUGUUCGAGGAAAUCAGCAAUGAUGAUGAAGUGCUCCCAUUGUGGGAUGGCAAAAUUGUCGCAAAAGUUGAUAAAAUGGAUUAGUAACUAACUUUUCAUAUCUUCCACUGGGACUUUGUAGUGCAGAUGCACUGAAAUCAUUUAGUCCUGCACUUUUAGUGCUAAUUUCAAGUGUUGGACGCAGACUAAUGAAAGGAACCAUUCUCUUUAUUAAUUUAUUCAUUGCAAUAAGCAGUACUAUAUGUAUUAAAUUAUUGCAAACCUUUUUUUUUUUUUUUAGAAUGUCACUCUUUUUACCAAAAUUUUAAAUUUUGUGACUUUUUUUAAACUAUUGUUUGUUUCUUUUUAAUACAAAAUGAAAAUUCUUUUGUGCCAAUAUUGUAUAUUGUUCAUGGGAGUUGUUAGCUGAGAAUAUGUAUGUCUAUAUGUGACAAGUGAACGUGUAUAUAGAAACAUGUAAAUAAGCAAACUCAGGGGUAUUUUUGACAUGGAAUAGCCAGAUCCAUGGACAAAUAGCAACUAAAAUGUUCAAAAAAAAAUAAGAGUUAAGAGUUAACCACUCUUGGAUGCUCUUGUUGCAGGGUACAUCAAAAUUUCGUGUUGGAAGUCUGGGUAACAAUACAUAUCUGUUCAAAAAAGCAUGUAUAUCUUAUUUAUUAUCAGAUAUCAACCAUAAUGAUACAUCAGUAUUUUUUUUCUUCAUGCAAGAAAUCUUUUAACUUUCGCUUGCCUUUUCUCCUUCUUUUUAUAACUAUUCUUAGAAGAUUUCUUUUCUUGAAGAAAGAUGGUGCCUAAAACUCUUUUUAUCAUUGUAAAAGAAGAAGUACAUUGGUAUGUUUUGAUAUUCAUUUAACUUUUCUCAGUAAAUUUUACCAUUCAAAGUCUACUACAAUUGCUUGUUAUGUUGGAUGACAGCUUUUUUGUUUUACCCUUUUUUAAAGGAUUAAUGAAAAAAGGGGGAGGGGAGGGGAGGCAAUACAAUGUUUUAAGGAGAAGGAUUUUCUUUUUUUUCAAAUUAGAGGAAAAACUGUCAAGAUAGUAUUGAAUAUUUUUAUAUGAACAAAUUAAUUUUUUUGUGAAAUGAAAUAAUGGCAUUGAUCAUGUAUUUAUUUGUAUGUUGGAAAACAACUGUCUUCAGAUGCUUGUAUGCCUACAGAGUAAUCAUGGUAAUGUUUUUCCUGUAAAACUGCUUAAAUUUUGUAUGAACUUGUGCAUCUGCCAGUAAAGAUGAUGUCCUCUGGUUCAAACAACCAGAAAAAUUCCUUGAAUUAUCUGUGAUUUUUUUCCUACGUAAUUGUUGUAUGGUUGUGUGUAUUUAUGUUGACAGCUUUAAGAUUAUUACAAUUUAUGAUAUUUAAUUAUAAGGAUAUACUGUAUAUAUUGAACUAUAAGUAUCAUUGUCAUGGAUGACUGACUCUCAUUGCCAUGGAGUCUUGUAUCAUUCACCAUCAUUUAGGUAGAAAUGAAAACAUUUCCAUUUGUGUAAAAAUAGAAAAACACAAUAAAGUUUGUACAUUAUUUUA